UAAACACUUAUAAUCCCAGGAUUUUUCUGCCAUUAAGUGAUGGCUUUCUGAAAGGGAGUGCUGAUGUUAGUGGAUGUGUGCACACAUACAAACACAAACUGAGCGAUAGCACCUUUAAUCCUUUCAUAUUUUCAGUUGGAGUGAAGCAGUACAUACACAUACAGUCGUGGUGGGCAAACUUGUGGAUGUACUUUGAUUAGUUGUCAGUGCAGGAGAAACUUUUCUAAACAUGCUCGACAGAUGUUCAACAAAUGCCAUUUAAAAAAUCCACAGUUGAAAGGACCAGCGAUGUGUUCCAUCAUUAUUGCUGUGUAUUUCCUCCUCUUCCUCCUCCCCCCUCAUGCUCUGGUCCUGUGGUCCUGCACUCGCUCUUGCCCUCCCAGCUGCACAUGUACCCAGGAGAAGAGCUGCAGCGUCCUGUGUGACCACGUCAGCAUGAUGGACCUGCCCAAAGAGUUCCCCUGCGAGGCGUCCUCCAUCAACCUGGACAAGAACAGCAUCAAGUUUCUGUCCGAGCGAGCCUUUGGCACCCUGCCUUCACUCAAGACGCUCUCGCUCAACCACAACAACAUCUCCUUCAUAACGCCGGGAGCAUUUAAAGGGUUGCCCAACUUGCUGGAGCUCAAGUUGGCCCACAACGAGUACAUCCGCUACCUGCACACUCGCUCCUUCACGGCACUCAAGCGCUUGGUGCGUCUGGACCUCUCCGACUGUAACCUGUUCAGCAUGCCAGACCGCAUCUUCCUGGAGCAAAUCUCCCUGAAGGAACUGCUGUGCUUCCAGAACAACUUUCGACGUGUUCCUGGUGCCCUAAGGGGGAUGGAAAACCUCACACACGUUUACUUGGAGCGAAACAAGAUCGAAGCGGUGGCCUACAACUCUUUGUUGGGCCUAACCAACCUCAAGUACCUGAACUUACAGGAGAAUCGCAUAAACGUGAUACACGAUGAGGCCUUCAAAGAUCUAGUGCGUCUGGAGAACUUCUACCUGAACGAUAAUCUGUUAGUCGACUUGCCCCAGCAGGCUUUCAAGGGCUUAAGCAACUUAAAAAUGUUGAAUCUGGGUGGGAACAUGUUGACCAAUGUCUCCAAAGCAUGGUUCAGUGACCUGGUGGAGCUGGAGGUGCUGUACCUGGAUCGAAACCGGCUGUCCUAUAUUGAGGAGGGAGCCUUUGAGAACUUGACGAGCCUCAUCACGCUGCACCUCAACAGCAACAACCUGACAUCUCUGCCCUUCUCCGUCUUCCAGCCCAUCUAUUUAAUCGGCCGCCUGUAUCUGUUUCGAAACCCCUGGGAGUGUACCUGCGACCUGGAGUGGUUGAGGGAGUGGAUGGAGAGUUAUAAGUUGGUGAGGGACAUUCCUUGUGCAUCUCCGUCUUCUGUGGCCGGCUUGGACCUGAGUGAAGUUGUCUUUGCUCACCUGAACGGCACCUGUCUGGAUCCCCCGGAGCUCAACCUGACCACAACUCUUCCUGAGAAUUCCACCAUGGAGAACAAGUUCAACAGCUUCAUCUCCAAACUUCUAGAGCAGGAAUUGAGGGAGGAGAUGGUCAACAUCACGGAUGGUCUGAGGAACGGCACCCAGCAGGACCCUGCCGAGAGUCGGGUUUCUUCUGGACGUGGACUGUUUGGAGCUCCUCAGUCUGUGUUUCUUCUUGUGAUUCUUUUUCAAGUCCAGAUUGACUGCAUUAAUGCCUCUUGAGAGUCUGGUGAAUAGCGAAAGGGAUUGAAGCGCAUCCAAGAGUGGAAGUCAUUUUCCAGUAUGGGAAAUGUUUGGGUUUGGGGCCGUGAUGAAACGUUUGAUCUAUCUUGCCAGAAGCAGUGGGUUUUCUCAUGUUGAAAAUGAAAUGCUGGCAGAUAUCAUGGAGUUGGAGAUGAUCAUCUCUUUAAGUAAAUGGAAACUGGUUUUGAAGGGAAAGGAGCAUGUUUUCAGCAAAUAAGACUGUGAAGGACUUCUGUUUGUUUUGCCAGUGCAAAGGAUUGAUUGAAGUAUAACUGAAGGCUAUUUUGUGAGAACUGCAACAAGAGGCGCAAAUGUUUUUAUAUCAUAUUUUUAUCUAGAUUUGAUUUCAGACAUCUUAAUGCAUCUAUAGUAUGAAUACAUUUGUUGUGUUGCGUAACUUUGUAACAUUUGUUGUGUAGGAGAUUUAUCUGAUAAAGCUUCUUGCUAUCAUUUCACCAGAUGGCAUAACACACUGUCCUCUUUUGUUUGGUUCAUUGAACUGGGUAAGUUUCCAGUACUGGAAAAUGCAUUAGUCCUCCUAUUCCAUAAAGCUUAAGUGCACUCGGUAACGUAAGCUACUUUAUAUUGUAACCAAAUGGAUUGGCUAUAUCAUGGUGUUUUACUGUUAUGAUCAUGUAUCUUCACUAUACAGAGCACAGUGUGCACAGAAGGAUGAUUUCAUACUCUGAGACAGCAACUUAUGAGCUACUAAAUAUAUGAGAUUUGUGUAAGAGACCUAGUUAUUGUGCUCUGACACUGAUUUUUGUUCAUGUGUGAUUGAGAUACUUUGAAUAAACAGACCAUUACAAAAACACUCAAUAAAAUGACUCCU